AUGCUAGAAAAAUUGGAAAUUGAAAUUGCGGGAUUAUUACACGAUAUUGGCCAUGGUCCUUUUUCUCAUAGUUUUGAAUUAAUUUUUUCUAAGUUUAAACACGAACAAAUGUCAACAAAAAUUAUUCGAAAUUCCCAAGAAUUUCGAUUUUUGUUAAAAAAUCAAUUUCCUUCUCUUUCGCAAUUUCUUGAACUUGAUGAUCAGGAAAUGCUAAUGUGA